GCCGUCAACUAUCACAGCCGUACGCAGUCAAUACAAGACCGGUCGUCGUGCCGCAUAGACGUCGCACCACGCGCCACAUUCGUUCGUUCGCGAUCUGCGGUCGUUAUCUCCAAACUAUUAUCACCGAUAAAAGUAAUUUUCGAGUAACGAUUUUUUUAUUAUAACAAUUCCAUUGACAAGUUCAAAAAAAAAACAGUGUAUUCGAUUUACGUGUUAACAUGUUAAAACAUCAUUACCGCAGGUGUCUGGCAUGCCGGCAAAUCGCCAGUCAGAAGAUCCGCAGUGAUAUUUAAUUGAUCGAACUACUGCAAAAACUAUAGAGGAUUACAUUUUAAACGAAAAUUAAACAAAUGGGAAUCGUGAUGUUCAACUCACUAUUGACUUUUUCAGUCAUCUGGAGUCUGAUGACAUUUACCGACGUAAAUUGUGGUCGCCCACCUCGGAUUAUUGAGCAUCCAGCCGACAUGACUGUAGCAUUACAUGAACCCGCUACGUUAAACUGCAAAUCAGACGGACAGCCGAAACCUGAGACUAAGUGGUACAAGGAUGGUCGACCAGUAGAUACUGCCAGAGACAGUCGUAAAGCUUUGCUGCCGGAUGGAUCUCUUUUGUUCUUAGAAGCAGCACACGGAAAACGAGAUUCGGACUCCGGUACAUACUGGUGUAUUGCUUUCAACUCCUUAGGUGAAGCCGUUAGUAAAAAAGCCAAUCUAGUAGUUACAUAUUUGAGACAAGACUUUCGCGUACAACCUAAAGACGCAAAUCCGGCAUCCGGGGACACAGUCGUUUUGGAAUGCGAAUCUCCCAAAGGUCAUCCCGAACCGUCCGUUACUUGGCAUAAGAACGGAGAGCCUAUGCCAGAAGACGAUAAAAACAGAUGGAUAGUCGAAGGAAAUGGUAAUUUGAUUAUACGAGACGUCAGAUCAGAAGACGACGGAUCUUAUACUUGCGUUGCCAGUAAUGCGGCCGGAAUUCGAAAGUCUAAACCAGUCUUAUUAGCUGCUCAAAUGCGACCGUAUGUGAUUCAAGCACCCAAAGAUACAAUUGCCAUGGCUGGUUCUAGUGUACAACUACAAUGCAAAAUAGGAGGACAGCCUCAGCCUGAAAUCUUGUGGAAGAAAAUUUCUGCCAAUGGAGUAACACAGCACAUACGCCCAAAUCAUUUUAGGAACGAAAAGCUUUCUGGAGACAGGGAUACAUUCGAGCACGUUUACAUAACGCAAGACGGCAGUUUGAGAUUAGACAACGUGAGUCCGGAAGAUGAAGGCAAGUACGUGUGCCAUGCAGAAAACCAUCAGGGAAAAGUAAAUGCCGCAUCCACGCUGACUGUUCAUUCUGUACCAUUCAUUGCACAACGACCAGCAGAUACGCAUGUAUCGGCAGGUAGCAACGCUAUAUUUGAAUGUGGUAUUAGAGGUAAUCCCAAGCCAACAUUGUUUUGGUCUCUACAAGAUAAUGAUUCAGUUAUAUUCCCUAAUGAAAGCUGGAACGAAUUCCACGCAGAAGUCACAAAGGACUCUGUGUCAACCCUUAUUAUUCAUAAUGUAAACAAAGAACAUCAUAAUCAUUUGGUUGUUAUGUGUUCGGCUAUAAAUGAAGCUGGAUCAGACGAAUGGCGAGCUACUUUAACAGUGACCACAGCUUCUCAUGAAGAUACUUUACCUCCUAUUAUAGAAUAUGGUCCAGCUAAUCAAACAUUACCAUACAAUUCAAUCGGAAACUUAGUAUGCAAAUCAAUUGGCAAUCCACAGCCAGUAAUAACGUGGUACAAAGAUGACUCACCUCUAUCUCCAGAAACGCCUAGAAUUAAUAUUACAGAAACUGGUACUUUACAAAUUAUGAAUUUACAGAAGAGUGAUAACGGAAUUUACACAUGUGUUGCUUCUUCUAUGAAUGGUAAAGCUUCUUGGAGUGCUGAAUUAAAAAUGGAAUCGCCAAAAAAUCCGAACGUCGGUUUCUUCAGAUCUCCAGAUCCAUCGACAUUUCCUGGAGCUCCUAGUUCACUAACUGUCAUCAACCACACUGAUACAACAGUAACAUUAUCAUGGAGUCGUAACGGAAAAGUUGGAUCGUCUCCAUUGCUUGGAUAUCAGGUGGAAAUGUUUACAUAUGGUGAAAACGUCGGCUGGGUCACAUUAACUCGCAGGCUAUUAUCAACACAUUUUACUCAACAUUUUUUAAAACCUGGCCAAUCAUAUUUAUUUUUAAUUCGCGCUGAAAAUUCCCACGGUCUUUCUCCUCCUAGUCAUCUUUCAAAUCGCGUUACACUGCCAACUGAAUAUCGCCAUAAUGAAUACUACACACAUGAUAUGUCUAUUGCGAAAUCAACGUUAUAUGGUGGUCACAUAGUAGAUCUCAUAGAUAUCAAAACCGUAAAUUCGACAUCUAUCAAACUUUUUUGGGAGGUACUUAAUGGAGAAUUUUUAGAAGGUUUCUAUUUAUACUAUCGCGGUAAAAAUUCGAUCGGACACGAAUCUACUCUGAUGAAAAUAUUAUCAAAUACAACUGAACUCUCUGGUGCUUAUGUAAUAAAUCAAUUACACCCUUCGGUAACUUACAUAUUUUUUUUGGUACCAUUCUACAAACAUAUCAAAGGACGACCAUCAAACUCCAGAAUUGCUAAAACACUAGAAGACUACCCUUCACUACCACCUCAACGAGUCGUAUCAACAGUAUACAAUUCUAGCUCAGUAUACCUGAAAUGGGAUCCUCCCCCAGAUGACUCACAUAAUGGAAUCAUCACUAAUUACCAAAUAAUCAUUCAAGGAGGUAUUAAUUGGGACGUGUUAAGUAACGUAACAGUCAGUGCUAAUACACCUACACUUUUGUUGACAAAUCUUACAUCUGGGGUAAGAUACAAAGUAAUGAUUUCUGCUGCUACUAAAAUUGGAUUUGGUCCUUACACUGACCCUAUACCAUUACCAACAGAUAUAAUAAAUAAAAUAAGUAAUUUCAACGAUGUUAUUAAUGAUCAUGAAGAAAUUAAAGAGUUCGUAGCCGAGCCUUGGUUUAUUGUGUUAAUGGCAGGUGUUAUUACUCUAAUGAUUUUAUUAUUUGCGGCUAUACUAUAUGUAAGAUAUCGUCAAUUAGAUGCAAAAAAGGCACAUUUAGGAGAUUCAUUAAAUCCAGUCAAUAAGUUAUCAUAUUCAUCCAGUUUCAAAACAACAUUAGAUGCAGCACAUCGUGGACAAGUGUCAGCAUUUUUACAAUCCGAACAUAGCGUAUCAAACAGCCAGAGAUGUCUUUUUAUAGACUCUAAUUCAUACCAUAAGCAUAACUGGACUCAUCAUGAUAUUGAAAACAACGAAAAAGAUUCAAUUCAGAAAUUAUUACCGGAAAUCGCAGACUAUGCAGAAGUUAAUCCAAAUACAAUGAGUACAUUUGUAAAAGAUAGAGAUUUAUCAUCUCCAGCACCCUAUGCCACUACAACAUUAGUAUCAAAUUCAAAUUCUAGAAAUCUCCAAAUCAGGAGGAAUUCUGAUGACGCCGCUUAUGCAUCCGCAAAUAUUUAUCGAGGUCAACACGUUUACUCAGAAAGCGCAUAUAGUUGUUGUUCUAGUAAUAAUGAUUGCCAAAAUUGCUCAGACGAUUGUGGAAACAUGCACGGUGUUCCCGUAUCAGUCAUACUAAGUGGUUGUGGUCGAAAAACGUUUAAUGAAGUCGCCCACCAAAAAAUGAGUGGUUCGCAAAGAUUCAACAACUACCCUCAGUACUCUUCACGACAGCGAGCAAUGGUACGCACGACAUGCUCAUCAAACGGUUACCAUUACGUCGAGCCAUCCACUAUGCCUAAUUUUACAACUAACUACAACAGCGAUUGCAAUAUGCCGCCAGAUUUAGUCACUCAAAACAGUUUGCAACGGUCGCAAAAUGACAUUGCAGAUUCUAAUAUGAUAUUGUAAAAUUUUAAAUAGUGUCUAUAUCUUUUAUUGUUAAAUUUAAUAGACUGAACCUCUACGAAUUAGAAGACUGGACAAUAUAACAGCGUUUCACUACAAUGGAAAACGUUGGUACGAACAAACCGUUUUUUGUUAGGUCAAUUGAUGACCAUUUUAAAGACUUCCAGUCCUUAGAUGUAGUUAAAAAAAGUCUCUAUUAAGGGUUCAUUAUCCGACCUCUACUAGUUGCAACAGUAAUGAGCGUCGAGUAUGAAUAAGAAUGCUUUAGUCGUUUUUGUACAAGAUGAAAAUGUUUAUUGAAACCAAAAUUGUUCUAAAACAUCUUUCCAGCACCUAUUUUAAUACGUAAAAUACUCGAAAAUAUGUGUUCAAGUUAUUGGCCGUUUUUUACUUAUAAAAUCUAUGUAUAUAACCAUAUACUAAAUUGUAAUUUACAAUGUAAAGUGCCAAUGUAAAUUUUUGUAUUCUAUAAAUUUUUAUUAAACUCAUCAUUUAUUGUUUAA